AUGCUCUUCUCACACUCCUUUGCAACCAUCGUUCUCUGUACUCUCACCCUCCCUGUCUCCAACGCACUCCCUGUCACUUCCACCUCGGACUACACCACCGAAGUCUCUUCCUCCGACAACUCUCCCAUCGGCGCUGACGCUUACAUCCCCGACUCGUCCUCCAAUGCGAACAGCUCCGGCACCCCGGCCGACUACACGUCAUACGAUUGCCCUUCCUCCUCUGUGCCACCGGAUUCGCACACGCCCUCCAACACUACCUCGAAUAACUCAGCCACUGUGGAAACUUCGACCGCCGGCACGUCUUUCCCCGACCCACCCACCUGCAGGAAGCCCGCCACUGUCGUCCUGGAUGGACAGAAGUUGAUGUAUGCUAAGUGCAGGGUGAAGAGCGGGGAUCUCAGCUUACAGUCCGAGCUGAAUGGACUCCUGUAUCAGGCCGAAUUGUGGAUGACUCAAGGCCCAUGGAGUGUUGUCAACAACCUCAAGAGCGUGCCCAACGGCAACUCACACGACUACGCCUCCCAGGCUCCUUACUGGUGGCCCAACAACUGGGAGGACCCCGAUUCGGGUGAUGUAUGCCCCUAUGUCCAGCGCGAUGGUGUAUUCAACCCCGAGACCAAUCAAUAUACCUCAAAGGCCGACAGACUUUCCAUGUUUGAAGCUUCCUACACUCUUUCCCUUGCCUGGUACCACUCCGACAACUCUUCUUACCGAGUCCACGCCGCCGAUAUUCUUAAGACUUGGUUCAUCAACGAGGCUACUGCCAUGAACCCGAAUCUGGCCCAUUCGCAGCUCAUUCCGUGUGCCAAUGACGGUCGAUCCAUCGGUAUCAUCGACUUUUCCCUGGACUAUGACGACUCCUGGAGUCAGAACGACGAGGCCGUCUUUCGGCAAUGGAACAGCGACUAUCUCACGUGGCUCACCCAGAGUGACUUUGGCAAGGCCGAGGCAAAUCUUGGCAUUACUUCCAGGUUGGCAGAUAUUGGAACCCUUUUGAAUGUUGACUUGUGGAACUACUGCGGUCCCGAUGGACAGUCCAUCAAGGGGGCCAUCGACUUUUUGAUCCCCUACGCUACCGGAAGUCAGGUGUGGCCGUACGAAGAGCUCAACUUCCUUCAGUAUGCCGCUAGCGACGUGAUCAAUGCCGCUGCAGACCACAAUGACCAGUAUGCCCAGUCUGCAUUGCCCGACAUCGCGUACUCUCCCAUCGGCAACCAGUGGUCGAUGAGGCCGUCAGCGGAACAGCUGGACAACAUCGUCACGACAGAGUCAUAG